AUGGGAUGUGGAUCAUCUGCCCCUGAACCAGCACCAGUACAACAACGACCUCAACCAAGAAAAGUUGAUCCUGCAGUUGAAGAACGUAGAAGAAAAGAAAAAGCAGAAGAAGCUAAAUGGGUGGAAAUUGCUAAAAAGCAAGGACCUCCUGAGCCAAAAAUUCCACAAUUACCACCUAAUCCUACAGAACAACAAUACAAACAAUUUAUGAUUGAUAGAUUUGAACAUGAAGGAUGGGAAAAUCAAAUUAUCUUAUUAGCAAGAAAAUUAAGAGCUGAAAAUCAAGCACAUUAA